AUGGCGACGAGCAAGGAGGAGAUCAAGCACGGCACGGCCCAGGCGAGGCUGACCGAGGACGACAUGGUCAGGACCGGCUACGUCAAUGGCACGCCGCUCGAGGGCGGCAAGAUUGCCGACUCCGAUCCCGUCGACCUCUUCGCCGGAGCACGUCACGUAGGCGAUGCCUCGUCGCAGCAGCAGAAGCAGCUGCCGCUGGGCGAUGAGAAGGAGGAAGGCAAGAAGGGCGGAUCGGAGGAGCCGCGGGUGCAGGCGCGGCAGGGGAUGGGAGGCGGUGGACGUCUGCUGGGGCGCCAGUAG